AUGUUCUACAUUCUAUUAGUAAGCAUUCUGGUAUCGAUCGAGUAUUUGAGAAUCGAUGAGCUCGCCGAGCCGCCCAAUCAGCAGAGGUGUUUGACGAAGUAUGUGACAUGGUACGAACGUGAUACCGCUGAUGAGGUGAGUUGUCAAAGGUCAAAGGUCAUGGUGAAUUUGAUUGGCAAGACUUGCGGCCGCAUCCCGCGAAAUGUCCGCAGAUUCUGA